UAGUCUACUACAGUUUACAAAAGACUCCAUUUUGUGUAGUUAAACAUAACCUCAUAUCUUCAGUUCUGGGAAAGAGCAAUGGGUCAUUCAAGAAACUACCAGUAGCCUCUUCUCUCAGAGCAUCAUGAUGAGCUCCAUACCAUAUCUUAUUCUAACCCUCUCACUACUAAUGGGACAAUUAACUGAUUUAAUAGCUUCUCAAGUGAUACAUCUUGACUGUGGGGAGUCUGAACAACUCUGUCCUUCAUCUGAAAGCAUAACAUUGAAUUGUAGUGUUGUUAGUAACUAUAUUUGGUGGUCUAUUGACAAUGGCAGUAGUGUAUCUAUAAUAGAAUUUGUUGCUUCAUCAUUCGGGAAUACAAUUGGGGACAAGGAAGAGAAAGGAAGUUUUACAGCUACUUUAAUAAAUGAACCAAGUGCAACCUCAACUCUGAGUUUUAAUUCCAGUUUGGUGCCACUUGGAACAGUGAUCACAUGUGCAGAUAAUGAUAAUGGAGGCACUAAACAAUGUACAGUAAAGGCAAAUGAAAUUCCUAAACCACCAACAAACUUGACUUAUAACAAACAGUCAGAGAUCCUCUCAUGGUCGCCGCCAGAUUCUACCUUUGAAUAUUACAACAUCACCAUUAUUACUAAUAACUCAUCGUUUAUAAACUUCACAACAAGUAACUCAUAUCUGCCUUUGCCAUUAGAUGAAGGAUAUCAAAAUGCAUCAGUAAUCAUUAAAGCGAUUGCUUGUGAUGGACACCUUAUUGGUAUGGAAGCAUUUACAAAAAUUCCUUCCUCUUCAUUCUCCUCUUCCUUUCCUUCACCUUCCUUUGUACUGCAGUCCACACAAGAUACACUGACACCAGUAACAUCACUCCCUAUCAUAACCUCAUCCAUACAACCUACUAGUAGCAUUGUCAAUAGCACAUUCUUAUUGCCUGCAUCAUCAACACAAAGCAGUAUUAAUACCAUUACUAUUAGUAGUAGCAUUACAAUCACUGACGAAGCUAGAACUAUGCAACAGUCUACUACAAUGUACAGCUCUACUGGAUACAGCUCUAGUACAAUGAUAAACACGUCCGUCACAACUUCUAGCACUAGUACAGCUACUGUCUCCACCACAUCAAGAGCAACUGGCGGCUCAGAUAAUGGUGAUACAUUGGUGAUUGGUAUUAGCAGUGGUGCUGUUGGAUGCUUCCUUGCAUUGCUACUCAUUCUACUGGUGGCUAUACUCCUCAUGUGCUUCUAUCGUUUGUUUUGCUAUAAAGAAAUAAAUCAGCCCCCUUCCUCUCUUCAUCCCCACCUCCUUCCUACAAAUGUUGCUAUUAAUCCUCAACUUCUUCCUCCUCCUCAUGCUAGUCAUUGCAUCGGCUCAAUGUGCAGGUGCAGCUCAUUAAAUGCAAACACAGUUACUGUCGUGAGAGAUGUCAUAGUUCCUAAGGAUGAUGACAUAAAAGUUGUCAUGAACCCUUGUUUCAAGUCAGAGUUCUCAAUAUCAGACGAAAGCGAUUAUCCCGUACCGCCUGUCGUUUGCUCCCUUGAUAAUGGAGGAUUCAGCAGAGAAGAAAAUAUUUGAAAAUAAUAAUUAUUAGCAUUAUUUUAAAAAUCUUUAAAAUUAUUUUAAAAAUAUCUAGCUAUAGUGAUUAUUAUGCCUUAAUUUGUCCUAAUAGAAGAUACUGA